UGACCCUGCGAGGCUCCGUGUUCGCGGCCGUCUGCCUGGUCGUGCCUGCCGGCGGCACGGAGGCCUCAGGGGUGCUGGCGGUAUGCGCUGUUCCCGCAGCCGGCCGGGGCAGGGCCAGGCGGGGACAGAGGUGGCCGAUGAGGCCUGAGGGGCCGACAGCGCCGUUCCCCGUGUGUGGGACUCUGGUGUCUUCAUGAAUAACUUAAAUGAUCCUCCCAACUGGAACAUUCUGCCGCAUCACAGAGAGCCCAGGGAUGAAGGCAGCAGAUGGAAUUAUGCCUUGCUGGUCCCCAUGCUGGGCUUGGCUGCCUUCCGCUGGAUCUGGACCAGAGAAUGUCAGAAAGAAAUAGAAAGAGAAAAAAAAGAAUAUUAUAAAAAGCAGUCAUCUUUACAAAAAGACCUGGAAGCCAAGUACCGGGAUAUAAUCACAGAAAAUCGUCGUGCAGUUGCACACUUGGAGCUGGAGCUUGAAAAGGAACGCAACAGGACCCUGAGUUACCGUGAAGCCCUUGUGUCCCAGAGUCGCAAACUAGUGGAAGAGAGAAGGAUCCUAGAACAGGAGCAAGAGAAGUUAGAGAGAGAAAAAGAAGUUCUUUUGCGCUCGGGAGCAGCAGGAACCUUGUACCAAAGCUGUCUGGCAAAGGAAGAGGAGUGGCAGAAGAGAGCCAACAUUUUACUAAAAGAAUUUGAAGAUGGGCUUAAAGAAAGACAGGAAAUCUACUGCAGUUUUGUAGUACCUAAAAGUCAGAGACUAGAAAUAGAGAAAAAUCUGCUAGUUAAAGCAGCGACUGAUCCUGUUGCUAUGGCUUUACAUAUGGAAAGUGGCUUAAAAGAUAUUUUCAAACAUGAUAACUAUUGUGGCAAUCUGAUGAACAAAAACAGAAGUCAAAACGGAAGACUUAUGUGGUUGUAUUUGAGAUACUGGGAACUAGCUGUUGAAUUACAGAAGUUCAAGAGGGUAGAAAAUGUCAUGUUAGGAAAACGAUAGAGGAAGGAAUGGUGAUUUAUGCAGUCUACUAUGAAGGAUAGGGACAACCACAGCUGUAGCCUGAAGUGGGUAAAUUCUGCAUUUCAGUUUCUGCUCUUCGUUGUAUUUGUAUCUGCAUGGGACGUGCAGUGUUGUUUAACAACAGAUGCUGCAGUGAGCUGUGCAUGCUCUAAAACUGUGUUUGUGUAUCUCUGUAUUACACUGCAGUCUGCAAUACAAGCUUCAGUAGGUAUCAGAAGCAGCAAAACAAUUUGAUUUAGAGUAAUUUACCCAGUUGAAGGUCAUAGUCCAUCAACAGAGAAGUGGAAUUUUUCUUCCUUAAGUGGAUGGUAAUGUCAUGCUCCUUAUUCUUGAUGUUCUGCACAGUGUCUCAACACUGUCUUCUUUUCAGCAGAAUUUUGGAAGAAACCAUGAUUGAGUAAAGUGCCUGUCACGUAAUGUGUGUGCAUAUAUACAUACAUUUAUAAAAAAUUGUAUGUAUGUUUGUGUACAUGUAUAUAAGAAAGGAAUAGUAUAAUUAUGUUUCAUAUUAACCAAUCUUGCAUUGUCUUCCAGACUUAAAACACAAACAGGACUUCAUGAACAUCCAAAAAAUGGUAAUUAAAAUAACAUGUAAAGAAACAGAUUGAUUAAAGUCACAUUGGAGUUGGGGAGACAUGCUUGAAUAUUAAAUAGUAUGUAGACUUGCAGUUAUAUUCUCACAGUACGUUAUUCACGCUAAGAAUACUUAUGUUUUUUCUUUUCCUCAAAGUUUUAGUUGUAACCCAAUGUGUGUUGCCAUUAUAGACAUUGCUCUGCUGCUGCCUCUGCAUCCCAGUGCACUUGGUACAUUUUUAGUUUUCAGGAACCAUGAUAGUCAUUGCACCUGGCUGUACUGCUUGUACAGGUGUUCCCAGCUAGGAGCCUAAAUGCAGCCUGGGAACUGGUAGCUACCCUCCCCCUUCCUGACUGUCUCUGUGUUCCCAGACCUGAAGUGCACAAUUCCACAGCUCUUAAAUUUUGAGCUUACAGGUCACCCCUUAGAGCCCAAAAAGGAAGUGUUUACCUUCUUGUUUAUAAUGCCGAUCUUCUCUGUUACUUGCCUUCAAUUAGUGUUGUUAAGUUUUUGGUUUCUUUCUUUAUUAAGUGCCAAACAUUUGCUCUAGGCAAUUAGCUGUCACAUAGCCCAAAAACAAUCCAGCUCAGUGAAUGCCCAUCCAAGUUUAACAGAGACCUCCAAGAGAUGCAGAGUUUUCUCUUACUACUGCCUGGUUUUCAUUUUAGUCAGGAGCAAAAGACAGAAGAUAAAUCUUCUGAAGUAAUGUAUACAACCUAAUUCAUUUUCUCAGCAUAAAUAACAUGGAACAAAAUUCUUAAACACGUUUGUUUCCCAAAUACUCUACUUUCCGUCUGUCUUUUUGCUCACUUUUGUGGUGUUACUCAUUUUGUUGUAUUAAUUUAUUAGCUUCUCAUGGGCUCUUCUUUUUUGUUUUAUUUUUAAAUAAAGUUAAUCAUGGGAAAAAAAGACAUACGAUCACAGUCACUAGAAAGGCCAGAGGUUAUCUGGAUGCCAAGCUUAUGCAGGUUGCACCAUGAAAAUGUGAGUUAGUACUUUUGUGUAGCUGUUGUAGCUGACCACAUGUACAUGCCCUAAGUGCCCAGUAGAACAGAUCUGAUUAAAUAACUUAUCUUGUGUAUAAUUCCUUCAGGAUGUGUAAGGUGUGACCACACAGCUGUCGUGUUUCAUGUGUACAUCCAAGCAGUUACAGCAACACAGCUAGCAAACAUUAGACAAUGAAUUGAUGCCAAUACAUUCAAGCCUCAUAUCUUGACUUUGUACAUCUUCACUAAUUUUUAAUAUUAGAAGUUGAAAUGCUAUGCUUUUUCAGUUUUUUUCAUAGUUCAUGUCCUUGACAUCAACUCAAAUUUUUUUAAAAAAUGAAAUGAACAGGGUAAAAUACUUUUUUUCAGUAUAAAUGAAUGAGUUGAAACUUCAUACAUCUUCAUGUAACAUCUUCAAGUAACAUCUUCAUACAUCUUACAUGGUUGGAUGCAGUCUGAUGUUGGAUAUUCACUCUCACUUUAUAAGUUAUCAACUAUUUCUACAACAAAGUGUGGAACUGUUGUUCGUGGACACUUUGCAGAUCAGUGUAUUAAGAGUGUAUUAAGAUCAAGGAGUUUAUUUCAGGAAGAUUUUUCCAUGUGUGUAACUAGUUUAGAAGCAUCAGUCCUGUUAAUUUCUACCAGAACUCAUGUUUCUUAGUUUGUUGUGUAUUUCUGAAACAUUCCCCUGUUGUAAACUGUUAUUUUGAGAGUUCUAUUGUGAACUAUUGCCCAGCAACUAUUGUUCUGGAUUAGCUAUUUGUUUGAAAAUGCCCAUAUAUAUAUAUGAAGAAUGAAAGAACAAUUUGUUUUCAAAUAUUUAAUGAAGGGUG